GGGGAGCGCUCAGUCGACCGAGGGAUCUGCGCGCGGCACGCGGCUGGCCAGCCUGACUGAGGCGCGGGGGCUCCGGCGGACAGACAGAUUGACUGAUUGACAGAGUGAGCAGAGAGGCGCCCAGCGGCCGCGAGCUGCGCGCAGGUCGCAGUCAGGCGUGCACCCAGAGGCCGGCAGCAGACCCUGCCCGGCCGGAUCUCCCGAGCUUCGCCGGCCCCGGCUCCGGUGCCAGCGCCCGGUGGCCGCCGCCUCCAAAGUGAUUGCUGCCUCUCCGCCUCCGCCGGGUCCGGGACCAUGAAGCUGCCGCCGUCGGUGGUGCUGAAGCUCAUUCUGGCUGCAGUGCUCUCGGCGUUGGUGACCGGCGACAGCCUGGAGCGGCUUCGGAGAGGGCUUGCGGCUGGAACCAGCAAUCUGGACUCUCCCACUGAAUCUACGGACCAGCUGUUGCCCCCGGGAGGUGGCCGAGGCCGGGAAGCCCUGGACUUGGAAGAGGGAAACAUGGACCUUUUCAGAGCUGCUUUCUCCUCUAAGCCGCAAGCUCUGGCCACACCGGGCAAGGAGGAGCGUGGGAAAAGAAAGAAGAAAGGCAAGGGGUUAGGGAAGAAGAGAGACCCGUGUCUUCGGAAAUACAAGGAUUACUGCAUCCACGGAGACUGCAAAUAUUUGAAGGAGUUCCGGGCUCCAUCCUGCAUCUGCCACCCAGGUUACCAUGGAGAAAGGUGCCAUGGACUGAGCCUCCCAGUGAAAAAUCGUUUAUAUACCUAUGAUCACACAACCAUCCUGGCUGUGGUGGCCGUGGUGCUGUCAUCUGUCUGUCUGCUCGUCAUUGUGGGGCUUCUCAUGUUUAGGUACCACAGGAGAGGAGGUUAUGAUGUGGAAAAUGAAGAGAAAAUGAAAUUGGGCAUGACUACUUCCCACUGAGAGAGACCUGUGUUCAAGGAAUCAACUGGGGACUGCUACCUCUGAGAAGAUACAAGUUUUGAUCGAUCGCAGACUCUGCAGAGGAAAAGGACUUCACAACUAGCCAUGAAGAUUCCUUCAUCCCCAGUUGCCAUCUAGAUUGGACCUCCCAUAAUUGCUUUGCCAAAAUACCAGAGCCUUCAAGUGCCAAACAGAGUAUGUCCAGUGGGAUCUGGGUCAGAAGAAAGCAAAACUGAGGGACUCUUUAUGCCCUUUGGAUUCCCCUCCACCAAGUCCCACUUACCCCCAUAAGUUUGUUUAAACACUUAUCUUCUGGAUUAAAACGCCAGUUAAAUUCCAUAUGCUCCAGGAUCUUUGAAAAAAAAGAAAAAAAGAAGAGGAAGAAAGAAAGAUUUGUGGGUUGGAAGAAAGUAACAAAGAUUGAGAAGCCGUGUACUCAAGUAGCCACCAAGGGAUCUGCCAAUUGGACCCUCCAGCGCUGGAUUUGAUGAGUUAACUGUGAAAUACCAUAAACCUGAGAACUCUGAAUUUUGGGACUUAUACCCAGAUGGAAAAAUAACACCUAUUUUUGUUUGUUGUUUGUUUGUUUGUAAAAUGCCUCUUAAAUUAUAUAUUUAUUUUAUUCUAUGUAUGUUAAUUUAUUUAGUUUUUAACAAUCUAACAAUAAUAUUUCAAGUGCCUAGACUGUUACUUUGGCAAUUUCCUGGCCCUCCACCCCACAUCCCCCACCAUCUGGCUCAGCAUCACUCUCCUCUGCCACAAAUCUGAGGUGGCUCUGUGACCCAUCUGUAGUCAUCUAUUUUUCUGUCCACAUCUCUGAAGAUCCUCCAUGAUCAGAGUGCCACAGGGAGUGUUCUGUAUGGUCAGGAUAUAGGAAUUAACUUUGUCAGAUCCACUCUGUGAGUUGGAUUGCAGUCUUGCCUAGGCGAUUGUGUCUACCGUUUAUGUUUUGAAAGCCCAAGGUGCUGAUGUCAAGAUGUAACAGAUAUCAGUGUUUCCCUGUGUCCUCUCCCUGCCCAAUCUCAGAAGAGGUGGGGCUUCCAUGCCUGCAGCUUUCCUGGCCCCUUACCCCUCCAUUGUCCCAGGCCCACAGAGUGGGAACUCACCUUCCCAUGUGUCAAGACAUUUCUCUUACUCCUGCCAUUCUUCUGGUGCUACUCCAUGCAGGGGUCAGUGCAGCAGAGGAUACUCUAGAGAAGAUACUAGCAAAGAAAAAGGCUGAGGAGGAACAGGAAACUUUGGAGCCGACUGUUCUCAGUAAUUGAUAACCUACCAGUUGCUACAGAAAAGGUUGGAGGUGAGGCAGGCUUUUGUGUAAACCCGCCCACCUCACCAAAACUAGCAAGGUAUGCUGUCAUGGUCCCUUCUGGAAGUUUCUGGUGCCAUUACUGAACUGUUACAACCUGUAUUGCCAAACCUGGUUCAUAUUUAUACUUUGCAAUUCAAAUAAAGAUAACCCUUACUCCGUA